UGUUUGACUUCUUUUGCAAUCAAGACUUCUUUUUUGACAAAGUCAUCAAACUAUCAGUCAUGCACUCAAAGAUCAUGAAGAGCUACUGUGUGGGAACCUUCAAGAUUGAUGUUGGGACAGUUUACUCCCAACCUGGCCAUCAGUUCAUCAAUAAGUGGGCCACGCUCACAGACCCCGCUGACAUCCGCACAGGGGUGAAAGGUCACCUGAAGUGUGAUAUCGGCAUGUCAGGAAAGGGUGAUGUUGCAGCACCAUCCCAGAAGUUCAGUGAUGCUGAGGAACAGAUAGAAAAGCACCUCCUGCUUCCUGAAGGCUUAAACCCUGAACGGCCGUGGGCUCGGUUUUAUGUGAUAGUGUACCGUGCAGAAGGUCUUCCCAGAAUAAACUCCAGUAUUAUGGCCAACGUGACCAAAGCCUUUGUUGGAGACACGACAGCCCUCAUAGAUCCUUAUGUAGAGGUGUCAUUCUUCGGUCAAGUUGGCAGGACGUCUACACAGAAGAGCACAGCAGACCCAGUGUGGAACGAGCAGGUGGUGUUUAAGGAGAUGUUUCCUCCACUGUGUCAAAGACUUAAGAUCCGGGUUCUGGAUGAGGGAAGCAUGAAUGAUGUGGCCAUUGGGACUCAUUACAUUGAUCUACACACCAUCUCAAAUGACAACGAUGGAGACAAUGGUUUCCUGCCCACAUUUGGACCGGCAUGGAUCAACCUCUACGGUUCACUUCGUAAUUCCACACUGGUGGACGACAGCCAGGAGCUGAACGAGGGUGUUGGAGAGGGGGUGUCCUACAGAGGCAGGGUUUACAUAGAGCUGAGUGUGGAGAUCCUAUCUGGAGGUGCUCCUGACUCUAAAGCCCUGCUCUCAAAAAUCAGUCUGAAAGAUACCAAGGGAGGAAAAGCAGUGGCGAAAGAUCCCAAAACUGGAACAGGAGCCGGAGGUGAGGAAGACAAAUCCAAGACUAUAGGGCCCGAGGUGAUGCCAGUCGAGCCCCCACAGAAGAUAAAUGAUGAAGACAUGGAAACCUUCCUGCUCUUUGGCUGUGUGUCUGAGACCUCCAUGAUUGACAGAAGAAUCGGUGAUAGACCUGUCAGCCUUGAGUUCACCAUUGGUAACUUUGGGAACUUAAUUGAUGGUACUGCGCAGCCUACUUCAAAGAAAAAGCUUGAAGAUGUCUCAGUGACCACUCCACUUCUGGACACUGCAGCAACAAUGCCGUGCAAAUCUACUACAACACCAGAAAGACCUCUUUUCGGAGAUGCACAGAGGCACUACAUGCACUUGCCCAUCAGAGCGCAAAAGCCCUGUGUGUAUGUUUAUAGCAGCUGGGAGGAUCGAGCAUACCGACUCCAUCAUGCCAACAUGCUGGACACAAUUGCCCUGAUGUUUGAGGAGGGAAUCGCUAAGGUGGCGGAAUUGGAUAAAAUGUUGUCUCCAGAAGCAAUGACUCUCAUGCACCUUGUUCUUCGGGAAUUUAGAAGAGAUGCCAGUGAGUUUAUUGCUUUUGCUGAAAAGAAGGUGAAGGCCAGCAACUUGACCUUACUGGACAAAAAGAGGCUCACUCUGUGCAAACAGGAGCUGGAAAGUAUGACUGAAGUAGCUGGAGGACUCCUUGAGCCCAAGAGGAGAUCUUUGACUGUAAAAGAGAUGAUGCUGGAAGUCCAGAAAAUUAAAAAGAAACUGAGAUUCCUUGUGGAAGAGCCUCAACACACUUUACCAGAUGUGUUUGUGUGUCUGGUCAGUAAUAACAAGCGUCUGGCGUAUGCCAGAAUCCCUGCUCGUCACCUGCUCUUCUCACAAAGCCCAGAGCAGAGAGGCCGAGACUGUGGGAAGAUCAACACCCUGUUCCUCAAGCCUCCAGGGAAGCGAGGACCAGGGUGGACAGUCCAGGCUAAACUCGAUGUGUAUUUAUGGCUGGGAACUUGCAGAGAUUCAUUCCACAUGUUGGACAAUCUCCCAUCAGGCUUUGAACUGGAAGGUAUCUCAUCUGAGGACAGGACUGGCCCUCCUCCUGAUUAUUUACUCUACACAGAGCAGCACUUGUUCCAGCUGAGGGCUCAUAUGUACCAGGCCCGUGGUCUCAUUGCAGCAGAUAACACUGGCCUCUCAGACCCCUUUGCCUGGGUGUCUUUUCUGUCCAAUAGCCAAAGCACUGGUAUCAUCAAGCAAACUUUAACUCCUACAUGGAAUCAGCUGAUCCUGAUAAAUAAUGUGUGUCUGUAUGGAGGGCUUUAUGAAAUGGUCCAGGAGCCACCGCUAGUUGUGAUUGAGGUGUAUGAUGAUGAUGCAGUGGGUAUAGAGUACCUGGGGUCGACAAUGGCUGUUCCUGUAGUCAAACUGUCAGAUGAGCGAUACUCCCCUCCUCAGCUGCAGUACAGCCCUCUGUUCUGUGGCAGCUUGUCAGGAGGAGACAUACUGGGAGCGUUUGAACUCAUUCAGAUCUCAAAGUCAGGAGAAAAUACACUUCCUGAUUUAGAUGAGCCGGAUGGAGGGGUUAUUCCAGUACCCUCAUACAUUCGACCUGUGCUCUGCAAGUACAGAAUUGAGGUUUUGUUCUGGGGCCUCAGAGAGCUGAAGAAAGUUCAGCUUUUAUCUGUCGAUCGGCCCCAAGUUUUUAUCAAGUGUGCGGGAGGAGGCGUCAACUCUUCAGUCAUACAGAGUUACAAGAAAAACCCAAACUUCACAAUACUUGUGGAUGCCUUUGAUGUGGAGCUGCCUGAAGACGAAUACCUCCUCCCUCCUCUUACUAUCACUGUGGUGGACUGGAGGGCCUUUGGGCGGAGCACACUUGUGGGUAGUCAUAUGAUCAACAACCUGGCCUUAUUCAAACACAUCCCCACAUUAGUUCAACAGCCUCAACCGGAACCCAGAAACAUAGCAGUGGCUCAGCUGUCUCUGCAGCAGAGUGUUGUGCCACCGCCUGAUGAGGAGAUCGCCAUUGAAAUAGAGCCGGAGGAAAUAAUCACCGCUGCCUCUAAAACUGAGCCAGACUUCCAGGACAAGAAGGUGUCGAAGAAGAGCAAACGAACAUCUACGAAAAGGAAGAAACGCACCACAGCUGAUGAGUCUGCUGAUAAUGUCAUUGAUUGGUGGUCGAAAUACUAUACAUCAAUGGAGAAGAUCCAACUGGCAAAGCAAAAAGAAAACAAUCCAUUUCCACUGCUCUUUGAAAAUACAUCAAAUAUUAAAGACAAGAAAAAGGAGGUGAAUUACAAGAGUGUGGUAGAACAGCCCAGGCUUGUAACAUUACAGGUGUAUGACAAAGAGUUGGAGGCUGAGUUUGGGCCUUUUGACGACUGGGUUAAAACCUUCGAACUCUAUCGAGGAAAGGCCAAUGAGGAAGAAGGUUCUGCUGAUGAAAGAUUUGUUGGGAAGUUUAAGGGCAGGUUCUGUCUGUACAAGCUGCCUGAAACGGAUGAUGAGGAGGAGGAUGGAUAUUUGGAUUCUGGGCAGUUUAAAAUAAACCAGGGUAUUCCUCCAAACACUGCCGUGGACGUCCUUAUCCGUGUGUACAUAGUUGCAGCCUUCAAUCUGCACCCUGCGGACCCAGAUGGCAAAGCAGACCCUUACAUAGUGCUGAAACUUGGGAAAACUGAGAUCAAAGACAGAGACAAUUACAUCCCAAAGCAGCUCAACCCAGUGUUUGGAAGAUCCUUUGAAUUUCAAGCCACUUUCCCCAAGGAAUCCCUGCUAACUAUUCUCAUCUAUGACUAUGACACUGUUGGUGGUGAUGAUUUGAUUGGAGAAACACAGAUUGAUUUAGAGAACCGUUUUUACAGCAGGCAUCGAGCUACCUGCGGCCUGCCUACUGAAUAUACCAUAGAGGGUUAUAAUGCAUGGAGGGACUGCAUCAAGCCAACAGACCUGUUGAUUAAGCUUUGCAAAGAAAACAAACUGGACAACCCUAGCUUUUCUCCAGGACGUAUUACCAUUGGAAGCAAAGUUUUUACAGGGAAAACUGUAUUUGCUGAUGAAGAUCAGAUGGUGGAGUCGUACGAGCACCUGGCUCUGAAGGUGCUGCAAAGGUGGUCUGAGAUGCCCAAUGGUGGUUGUAAACUUGUGCCAGAGCAUAUUGAAACUCGCGCACUCUACCUCAAAGACAAACCAGGAAUAGACCAGGGUCAUCUGCAGAUGUGGGUGGACAUUUUUCCCAUGGAUAUGCCUCAUCCUGGCCCUCCUGUGGAUAUUUCCCCUCGCAAACCCAAAGGUUAUGAGUUGAGGAUCAUUAUCUGGAACACUGAAGAUGUCAUACUGGAGGACACCAACUUCAUAACAGGACAGCAGUCAAGUGACAUUUAUGUUAAAGGGUGGUUAAAGGGGCUUGAGGAUGACAGCCAGGAAACUGAUGUCCAUUACAAUUCUCUGACUGGAGAGGGCAACUUCAACUGGCGCUUUGUGUUCCCCUUUAACUACCUGCCGGCUGAGAAAGUGGUGGUGGUACAAAAGCGAGAAAGCAUCCUCUCUCUGGACAAAACUGAACAGAAGAUCCCUGCAGUCCUUGUUAUGCAGGUGUGGGAUUUUGAGAGGCUUUCUUCUGAUGACUUCCUGGGCUCAGUGGAGUUGGACCUGCAUGGGUUUCCACGUGGAGCUAAAUCAGCUAAAGCUUGUAGGAUGGAAAUGCUGACAGAAACCACAGAGAACAUCUCUAUCUUCCAGCAGAAACGCUCCAAAGGCUGGUGGCCCUUCAUUAAAGCUGGAGAUCUCACAGGGAAGGUAGAAGCGGAGUUUCAUCUGGUAACAGCUGAAGAGGCAGAGAAAAAUCCAGUGGGACGUGCACGCAAGGAACCAGAGCCUCUAGAGAAACCAAAUCGUCCAGACACAUCCUUCUCCUGGUUUAUGAAUCCUUUCAAGUGCUUCUUUCACCUGAUCUGGGGGAACUACAAGAAAUACAUCAUUGCCGGACUGGUGCUGUUGAUCGUGACCUUGUUCCUGGUUCUUAUCUUCUACACCCUCCCCGGGGCGAUCAGUAGUAAGAUAGUCAACGGGUAAUCAAACACCCUGAUAAAGUAACUGGACACAAAUGAGCAGCACAAAUUUAACUUGUUAUUGUUGUUGCUUUAAUGAAGCACACAUUUAAACGCUUGCUCUGCAGGUAGAACAUAACAGGCUUUGCUGAUUUUAGGAACAAUCUUCUAUUUAAUAUGCACCAACAAAUGUAACAUUCACACAACAUUAAAUGUUUAAUAAUCUUUAAACAGCAUAAAACAUUGAACAUAGCACAUGAAAACUGUAGGAAACAUGUUUUAUUAAUCACAUCCUACCUUCUGUAAACUGUCAGAUGAACAGAUUUGUUCUACUUGUAGAGCUUUGAAUCUAGAUAAAAGAUUAUGAAGUGACUUUUUCAGAAUGACAGCAAUAAUUCAAAAAUGAAUAUUUGUGUAAAUGCAGUGACAUAAAACAAGCGAGCACAACCCCAACGAAUCAAUGUCAUGUAAAUUUGUGAUUGUUACAAAGAGUUAAAAUAACAUUUUUCAGUCUUUGUGAAACACAUAGUGUAUUGCCUUGUGUUGAAACCAGAAAUGAUCUAAAAAAUGAUAGUGAUUUAUUCUCAGCUCGUUGAAAUUUCUUGUUCUUUCUCAGAAUACUAAUUAAACUGAAUUUAACUGUA